CACGUGUUCCGCGCGGCGGCGACUGACACAUGCGCAUUCCCUGUCCGCUUCAGCGCCGCACCCGGAGCUGCUCGACCGUUCAACGGCUGCAGUCCGCGCUCGCUGCCGUGUCCGCAGUACUCGCGACGUGUACAGUACCGCCUAGUACAGCGUCGCCGACUUAGGCGUGAUGAGUGUCCGUGGUCUUCACUGGUCCUUCGGAGAGCCGACAUCCCCGUCGGAUUCGUCUCGGGGCGAUGGGGCGAGUGGUGGCCGCCCAGGCGCGGUCUCUCCGCUUUCGGAGAUGGAGGCCGGGAACAGUGAGUGCCGCUGGUGUUACCGAGCCGACCGAUGGCACCUGGAAAACGGUGAGGGCGGCGAGGUGUCCCUGCUGUCAUCAAACUUGGAGGUAGUCCCCAUGAAGGACUUCAGCAACGAAGUGCGAGCUUCCAUGGACGUCCACCGUUUUCUCCAGGACGCCACGGUGAUUCUAGACGUCCAGGAGACGACGCUGGAAGACGUCGUCAAUGCUGUGUUGAAGAAGGUUCUGGGAAACGGCGAGCAAGCAACGACUGCUAGCGAAGCCAGACAAGCGAUAUUCGUAUCCGAACAAGUUGCCCUACCAACCAGGACUAUCCAGGGCGUUUGCAGCUACGGGAACGGGGACUUCGACUACGACCAGAGCUGGAUGUGCGUCAUGUGCUCGGUGCCCACGCUGCAGAGGAAGCGCGUGGCCGUGGCACGCCUCAAGCACCCGGCCAACAUGGGUCGAACCUGCGGAGACGUGCGGUUCCUGAUCGCGGUGCUGACACCGAGCAAGGAGAAAGGCACCAAGAACGCGCUGGAGACCGGCCGCACGUUCGCCACGCUGUUCGCCGACUCCGCGUUUCGUCGGCGGCUCUGGGAAGCGCGCUCGCCCGCGCAGUUCGCCGACGAGCUGUCCGAGCACGCUGGCCGCCUCGCUGCUGACCAGAGGGACGCCCUGGCGCCCGGCAGCUGCUCGCCGGACGCUGCGCGAGAAAGUAAGAAGCGCAAGUGCACCAUUGCCCGAGGCUUGCGUGACGAUGUCCGGCGUCGGUUGCCCUACUACAUCAGCGACUACGUCGACGGUAUCGUGGGCCCGCGAACGCUGUACAAGACGAUAUGCACCACGUUUUUCCUGUACUUCGGCUGCCUCCUACCAACCAUAGCAUUCGGAGCGUUAAACGACACUAACACACACGGCAAAAUUGACGUCAAAAAAUGCAUGGUCAGCCAGACAAUUGGCGGACUGGGCUUCGCACUCUUCAGUGGCCAACCGCUCGUCAUACUGAUGACGACUGCACCUCUCAGCCUGUACAUUAAAGUCAUCUACGACAUUAGCCAGGGCUUUGGCUUCGACUUUACCGCCAUGUACGCCUGCGUCGGGCUCUGGAACAGCUUCUUUCUCUUCGUUUACGUCAUCUUUGACGUAAGCAAGGUCAUGAAAUGGUGCACAAGGUCCACCGAAGAAAUCUUUUCGCUCUUCAUCACGAUCGCCUUCUGCGUGGACGCCGGUCGUGACGUCACCAAGGACUUCCUGCGCCACUACCUCGCGCCCGGCUGUGCCGACACCGCCUUGGCGACCGGUGGCCACCUUCCGUCCAUCGCGGCAGUCAACAACACCACCGCCAUCGGCGUUGCUGACGCGGUGUUCGCGACCUCGCACUGCCAGCGAGAGACGAGCCUUCUCUUCUUGAUGCUCGCGCUGGGCACUUGCAUGCUGGGCGUGACGCUGUACAACUUCAACAAGACCCCCUACCUGCAGACCUACCUGCGAAACCUGCUGUCCGACUACGCGCUGCCGCUGGCUGUGGUCGUGUUCAGCUUCGUCGGCUCCUUCGUGUUCAAGGACGUUGAGACCGAGCAGUUCCGGAUCACCGAGGGCUACAACUUUGAACGGGCGAGAGUCGAGUUCCUUCCGGUGUCCGGGGUCUUCGGCGCCAUGGGUCUCGGCUUCGCCCUGUCCCUGCUGUUCUUCAUGGACCAGAACAUCUCCGCCGCCAUGGUGAACAACCCGAGCAACAGGUUGCGCAAGGGCAGCGCCUACCACUUGGACCUGCUGGUUGUUGGCCUGCUCAACGCGGGCCUGUCCGUCUUCGGGUUGCCCUGGAUGCAUGGCGUGCUGCCGCACUCCCCGCUGCACGCGCGCUGCCUGGCCGACCUGGAGGAGCGCGUCGACCAGGGUCACGUGCGAGAGGUCGUGGUGCGGUCCCGCGAGACGCGCCUCACCGGCAUACUUUCGCACCUGCUCAUCGGGCUGUCGCUGCUCCUGCUCCCGUACCCGCUAUCCUACAUCCCGACCGCGGUGCUGGACGGGCUCUUCCUUUACAUGGCCGUCACUUCCCUUAUAGGCAACCAGAUGUUCGAGCGUUUCAUGCUACUGUUCACGGAGCAGGCAGCCUACCCGCCGAACCACUACAUCCGGCGCUGCCCUCAGCGGAAGAUACACCUCUUCACCUUCUGCCAGCUAGUGCAACUCGCCGUGUUGUGCUUCUUUGGAUUCGCGCCCUGGCCCUACGUACAGAUGGUCUUCCCCGUCAUCAUCCUCUUGCUCUUGCCGCUUAGGCAGAAAAUUAUCACCCUCUUUCUCGAUCGAAGAUACCUGGCAGCUUUGGACGGCAAGCACUUAUAGGACAUUGUUCGACGCAACUGCCGCUGCCAGUGUGUGUGUGAACGAGAUGAAGAACUCUCCAACCGGAAACGACACCAGUUGUAGGUCCCUUCACGCCGAAUGUGUGGCUUCUCUAGCGGUUAGUCGCAUCUCGAGCACGAUGGAGCAUCUUGACAGUGUUACAGCUCUGCAGACCGAACUGAAUGGUUCAGGUGUGAACCAGAACACCAAAGCAAGAAGCUCUGAGACCGACGCUGAAAAAGAGACAUUCCCGAUAUAAAUGGGAAGACGUCCAGGAAAACGAUCGCACCUACAUAUUAUGCACUCACCGCAUAGUUAAAAACUUUCUGGAGCUUCCCGUACUCUGGCUCAUACACCUACAACGGCUCACUGCUGGUUCUGAUUUUCUAUGUUCCUUUUUGUUUGAGUUCCCUGUUGUGCCAUGUUUCUUUUUGUUGUUGUUCCAGUGCAGCUAAGUCGCUACUGCUGUUCUCGGAACACUCGGUAGCAUGCGAACACUAAACUUAGCACUGUCUGAUAAAGGCUCCUGUAACGAAUACAGUUAAAGGUGUCACAGCUCAGGAGCGCUGUGUUGGUGAACAUGGGUGCGCUAAGGACGUUUGGUGCAGUUCACGUCUAUUCUAGUUAUUUAAGGACAUCUCAGUCUUGGAGUCCUUACAACGAUUUCGAGAUGGAACGAUGGGGGUAACGUUGCGACGUAAUAUAUAGCUACACACUAGGAAACGUUAGAUAAUGUGACGAAUCGGUUUAUGCCCAUUUUAGGAAGCGCAAUGGCUGCCUCAAAACAAAGGAAGAUACGUCACAGCAUUUCGGGUGUUCUUCUACAGUAAACCAUAUAUGUUCAUUUUCGUUAGAUGAGCUGUGUUUUCGCUUCUGCUUCUGCAAGAAAUACGCGCGAAAUAAAAACGAGUCUCAACAAAC